AUGUCAAAUUGAGUGAAUGUCAAAAAGUUUUAUUAAGUAAUAUAUACCUGCGUACAUAGUGUAAAAUUGUGUUUCUGUAUAUAAGACUACUAAAACAUCUCAAACUAUCUGUACAAUACACAUAAGGAAACAUGAUUAGCUCAACAAAUAAACUUAGAGGAAAUGAUGAGCAAAUCUCUGGGUACUUGCGUAUCGUUAAAUCUCCCGAAAUAGAUGAUUCUGACGAGGAGCGUGAGCUAACAAAUUUAAAUUGGUUACUACGUAAUCAAAAUCUGACGUGGUCAAAAACAAUUGAUGCCAACUCUGAGGAUGAUAUCAAUAUCCAAACUGGACACCGGUACCUGGAUACUGAGGUCGAACGUAUCAAUAUCCAAAAAAAACUAAAGCCGUCAGAACAAGGCUCUUCGAAGAAUACGGCAAAUAAAUCCCUUAUCCGAAACGUUAUGAGCUACCCCGACUCCGGAAAACUAAACUCAACAUCAGCCCUGCUAAAACGUCCAACUCCAGCGGAAAGAUACGAUAUUUUCAUUAACAAAAUUAAACGCGAUUUGGUAGAGUAUGAAAAGUCGGCCAACAAAUAUAAGACAGAUGUAACACAUAAGCCGCCGUUUAAUUACUCUAAUAUAAUUGGGAUGGCUAUGCUCGAAAAUGGACGUGUUACACUUCAACAAAUUUGUGCAUGGAUUGAGUCGAAAUUCGCAUUCUUUCGAGUUCGUAAAAAAUGGAAUAAUUCCAUUAGGCACAAUCUGUCACUGCAUCAUUGCUUUCGAAAUCGUAAACGUGAGGAAAAAGGCAAAGGAGGUUAUUGGGAAUUAGGAGUGGAUCCUAAGAAAUGUAAUAGAAAACGCAUACGUAAUCGCAAAUCAACCAAUUCAAAGUCAAACCAAUCUUCGCAAGAGGCUAAAGCCCAUCAAAGUCUAUUGGCAAAAUAUCAGAAUGCCAAUUCGAUAAAUGACGAGUGCUCUCGAGACAAUUUUCCAAAUUUGUCGUCAUUAUAUAUGCAGAAUGAAAAGCCACACUUAUCUAGUCCUGACAAUAGCAUUGCUGUGCAUGACGUGCAAUUGGAUUCCUUGACCUUAACUGAAGUAGAAGUUGGCCUAGGUGAUGGUCUGACUUUACCAAAUGGUCCACACGAUAGUGACCCAACAUUUCUAUACCCAGAUACAUCUUUCCAAUCUUCUACAAACAACGAAGCCCUUCAUCUGGAGCAGCAAUAUGAACUGGGCACCAUUAUAAUUAGCACAACGGGCAUCAUCGAUGACCCUUCUUGCCUAAAUAGUAUAAUCAGCAAUAAGUUCGGUUGCUCUAAUAUGAUCUAUACUGAGGAUGAGAUUCCAACAGCUAGUGAGAAUAUUAUCAUAUCGUCACAUAAAAUGGAUUCCAAUAAAGAAACUAAUCUGGCAUUGAUAACACCGAUCCCCUCCAAUACUGAGAUCCCGAGCAGCUUUACCAUUAAUUGCGACUACCCUAACUUUCGACCAUACAUGGACUGCAUUGAUGAGCCGUAUAAUUAUCUACAUAGCAAUGAGUUAAAUCGCAAUGAAGAUAUUUUAGAUAACCUUCUUGACGUCUGUGUUAGAGAUUAUUGAAUAUC